UUUUCAUUGUGAAAAUAAUAAACUUUCGAAUGUGUAAAUCUGUAUUUUUCUUAAAUAAUUAACAUGCAUUUAUUUUUCAUGGCUCAGAAAACUUGCUAUUGACAUUUACUCUUUAAUGUUUUAGAGACCUUUCCUCAAACGAGUUCACUACGAUAGAGGACGCCACAUUUUCCGGCUUGAGGAACCUGGUGUACUUGGUCCUAAAAAACAACAAAAUAACCACAAUCGAAGAAAAUGCAUUCAGUGGUUUGACAAAUUUGAAGGAACUAAAGUUUUACAAUAACAGAAUUACUACAAUCAAGAACCACACACUUAAUGGUUUGACUAACUUAGAGAAAUUAGACUUUGACGCAAACAAGCUUACUACGAUAGAGGACACAGCAUUUUCUGGCUUGAGGAACCUGGUGUACUUAUAUAUGUCCAGUAACGAAAUAACUACAAUCAAAAACAGCACACUAGCUGGUUUGACGAACUUAGCAUACUUGGUAAUAAUUGGAAACAGAAUUUCCACAAUAGAGGACAAUGCAUUCAAUGGUUUGUCAAAAUUAGAAAAAAUAUAUAUGAACUUUAACGAAAUAACUACAAUCAAAACCCACACCUUUACUGGUUUGACGAAUUUAAGGGAGCUGAAUGUAUAUUUCAACAGUAUUACCACAAUAGAAGACCAUGCAUUCAGAGGUUUGAAAAAAAUACGGAAAAUGGAUCUAAACAAUAACAAAAUAUCCACAAUAGAGGACAAUGUAUUCAGUGAUUUGACAAACCUUAAUGAACUAAAUCUUGAAAACAACAGGAUAUCCUCCAUAAAAAAUAUUACAAUAAGCGGGUUGACAAAUCUACGAUCCCUGAAAGUACAUGAUAAUCCUUUUCACUGCGACUGCGAGUUGAUAGGCCUGGUUGAUUUCCUAAAAUCUGGACGUGUCCCCGUAUAUGUACCUCCACGCUGCUUCACUCCUGAUAACUUAAAAGGAGCUUCAUUGCUCAGUCUAUCAGCUGCAAAUUUGACCUGUUCCGACAUGACAACUAUAGAGACCACAACUGAUGAAACCAAUUCUUCACCUUUGAAAGAAGGGAGCUUUCUGGUUAUAGUAUACGUUUCUUUAUGUUUGCUUGUUAAAGCCAUGAUUAACUUCUAGAAUAGAGUGAAAAAACGAAUACAGAUAUUGAUUUCAAAACAGUUCGAGAGAAAACGCUAAGAAUGACUUAAAAUUUAAUAAAAACAGUGGACAAACUAUUUAUACCCUUGAAAUAUAAGUUAUUUUCUCAAAUAUACUGAAAUUUUUCGGGAAAUAGGAGAGAGCAAACAUUAACAAUAAAUUCAAUCAUAUUUGGUUAGGUAUAGAUCUGUAAAAUAUAAGAUAAGAUUACAAACUGGUAUUGCUGUUUUUGAUUUAAAAAUCUGGUCAAUCCUAGAAUUUCAAAAAUAAUUUAAACACAGCACAGUUUACUAAAAUUCCACUUAUAUUUCUUUAUGCUCGGGGCAGAUUAUUCUAUACAAAGGUCAAUAAAUAAAUUUAAAGAUCCCAUUUGGGAUUUUUAAUGUACCUUGAGAAGGAUCUUGGGAUUCAGUGUAGAAUAUAGUAUGAAUAUCAAAACCAAAGAAGAAGCUUUUUUUGGUUAAAACAUAAUAAUAUAGAUGGAAUAAAACAAUUUAUUAUGUUCUUGGAUUUAUGAUCUUUAUUUAUAAACGUAAUUAUUUUAUAACACUGAAAUGAAACAUUAAUCAAAAACUUCAGUUUUGUUCUUGAAAUUAUACAAUAGGGGUAACAUGUACUGCUUCGUAAUGUUGAUGGGAAUGGGCCUGGAGUAGUGAUAUAUUAUUAAUAUUAGAAAAUGCAAUUUAGGACAAACUCAGUUUUAUUUAUCUUUUGCGUUUAUAUAUGUUUAUUUUACUUCUAAGAUUUUCAUAGGUUAAGUGAAUUAGAAAAAAUAAUUUUGUAUUUCACAGUAUUUAUUAGGUUAGAGAUUUUUUAGUAUUUUCUGUUAUUCCCUGGUCAAUUCUGGUACUUAGGUUUUAAAAUUAUCGCAUGAGAUACUAGUAGUAGUACAUGUGAAACCGUUUUAUUUGUAUUACGUUAUGGAAUAAUAGCUCCUUAGACAUAUUGUAAAAUGUAUCGGUAAUACAAUGUAUAAUUUACAUUUAAAGUUGCAAUAAAUUGAUCAUUCAAA